AUGAUGUAUCAUGCAGCAUCAAAUAACUGUACCAGUGGCUUAGCUGAUAAUUAUAUAUAUAUUAAUCAAGAUAAAAUUCCACGCUCAUUAAUAUGUCCGAUAUGUUUAGAACCUUUGAUAGAUCCACAAACACAUAUUUUAUGUGAAAAUUCAUUUUGUAAUCGUUGUAUAAGAAACUUAAGACAUUGUUCAUGUUGUCGUACAACGAUUGUAGAGUUAAAUGAUCUUAUAAUGGCAAGUGAUGUUAUAAGAAAUGCACUUGAUGAGCUUCAAAUUCAAUGUAAUAUAUGUAAAAAUAUCUUACGUCGUGGUAAUUUUGAUAAUCAUAUUGAAAAUUGUUGUCUUCAACUAUCAUCAAUAACAUCUGAAGAAGAGAAUAAUUCAAAUACGAAUGAAAAAUAUAUAGAAAAACAUUUAUCAAAUUUAUAUCGUCGUGUACAUAAAUCAGAAAGUGAUUUUUAUGAAUUAAAAAAAGUCAUAUUGAUAUUUUUGCUUGUUUUAAUAAUAAUGGGAAUAAUACUUCUUUUAAAUACUAUUUUGUUAUAUAUAAUUCAUUUAAUUAUAUCAGUUAUUUUUUCAAAAAGAUUAUCAUUAUUUAUUCAAGCAAUAUCAAAAUUUUUAUUUGAUUUUCUUCAGUAA